GAAUAUUUCCUGUUGGCCAACACAUUAGCCGCUGUGCUGGGGAGGGUUUCCACUAGUGGAUAUAUCGUUUCAAAAAAUAUAUAUAUAUUUGUUUAAUACUUAUUUAAUGUUAGGCUUAACGUUAGCAGUGUGGUUUAGCUUUAUGUUUAGGUUUAAAAAUCACAUUUUAAGAUGAGAAAUGUGAGAAAUGAGCGGGGUCUAUGACUGGUAACUAGUGACAGACUGUGUUGGAGCUUGUUAUCUACGAAUCAACUAUAAAGGCGUUACCGUUUGUUUGACAGAAUGACUUCCGGACAAGAUGACCUUAUCUUUUCUCCGGAGUCAACCAUCACCUCCUUGUUGGCUAGCUCCGGACACCUGAGAGGCACCUUAAGGGACAACGAUCCGUCUCUCACCGGCAUCAGAUACCGGGACCGGGACUAUGAAUCGGCUACUGAGGCCCUGGAAGCCUACAUUGCAGACUUUGACAGAAGCCUGCACACUUCUGAAACUUCUUCCGGGAGUCUGCAGCUCCAGAAAAACCUGAUAAGUUCUGCUCUGCCCAGAACCGAGUUCAGGAAUAAAGAUGUUCUUAGAGAGAGACUAACAGACCGGGAGCUGGACUUCCUGAAUCUUCCCGUGGGUUCUGGUCACCGUGGAACCUCAGACUGCAUCAGCCUGACCACCGACGAUCUGUUGGUGCUCCCCUGUGAUGGCUCCCUACCCGUGACUCGCACCUCUGCCUUCCUCACCCAGUCUGGGGACUACCCCCCGGGGCAGAGCUCCUACUCUAACUCCUGGUCCUCUAGGAGGCCUAGGCCUAACAGCAGCUCUCAUAUUAAACGCUGCCUGCACUACUCUGCCCCUCACAACACUCCUCACAAGCUGUACCAGUCCAGAGCUAGAACUCAAGCAGAGGAAACCCAAAAGAAAGAUCCCUUCCCAGGCCCCAGAGUGAAGGGGAGCCUACGGCCCCAGCAUGGUCUCUACCACCAGACCACAGACUCCCCUGGUCCUUUCUCCUCCCACCACGAUUACCCUCGCUGGCUGACCAGCCAAAAGUCAGAGAUGGAUUUCUCUGGGGUCACCAGCGUUCCUGACCUGAAGUACCCCGCCUGGCUCCAGGAGUGUGACAAUGUUCCCAAAGACAUUCCCACCACUAAUAUAGACUUCUCAGAGUCUCGUAAGAAGACACAGCAUAGGGGCUGGGGCCCGACCCAGACCGUGCCUCCCUCCCCUAGACCUCCCUCCUGGCUGGGCGAGCUGGAGGCUUCCUAUGAGGAGCUACAGGAAGGACAGCAGGAUAGUAACGGCGGACAUCUUGAGGAUGUCUCUGGUUCUGAUGAUGACAGGCAACAACUUCUCAGAGGAGAGGCUGAUCACAGGACACUGAGGGAGUUUAGACUACGGUUUGCAGAGCGGCUAGCUUUAGCUGCAGAGGGAGAACGGAGCACUGAUUUCGACGAGCUCUUCAGAGGUGAUAAGAUUGAGAGUUUGAUCUUGAAAGCAGAGAAGGUCCUUAACUCACCUUCACUAGGCCUGACCAGCCAGCUGCAGAAGGACACGGGACACAGCCCUGGUGGCUCAGAGGAUGUCCUAGAGGCUGAUCGCUCUUGGGACAACCCUGCCAUCACAUUUAAAUCUCCAGUACCUGUAGAGGGAGCAGAAGACACACUGAUUACCACAGAGAUUUUGAGAGACAGGAAAGACGAGGCUGCCUCAGGCUCAUGUUCGUCGGGCUACAGCAGCAGGAAACACCCUGGUCCGGUGGAGGCCCUCAAACAAAUGCUGUUUAGCCUUCAAGCUGUGGAGCAACAAGUCAGUCUGGAGAAUGAAAAGGAAGUAACCCCGGAGAAUGGAACAGAAAAGGAAGUAACCCCGGAGAAUGGAACAGAAAAGGAAGUAACCCCGGAGAAUGGUUCAACACCAACGUUGGAGGACGGCACACAACCACAGAUGAUAAUGAGGUCCGAUGACUAUGACACUGCACUCGGUGGACAAUCAUUAAAGAGGGCCUUGCAUCACCUUGGGAGAUUGAAGAGUCUAGUUGAAGACUCAGCUGGCGGGAAGGCCACAUCACAGGAAGGGAAAUACUCGUAGAAGACCGGCCAUAUCUUCCUAAAAGAGGACUUGCAUCGGUGUGUUGGUUACGUGAAGAUGGUCUGCAAAGCAGAAUGUCUCGGUCUUGAUUUGGACACUGAACAUGGAGGGGCCAAACCAGUGAAAUCUCAAUGACAGGGGUAAUUUCAGUGUCUUGAUUAUUCAAACAUUAUUAUUUAUUUAUUAUUCCAACAGCACAAUAAUAGUCUGACAUUUAACUACUCUUAAUAGCCUAAUGUUUGUAUUGUGUAUAUAACAGUUUAUAUUUUAUAUCUCAAGUGCACAUAACAUCUUGUGAAUUCAGUAACGCCUUAUAAAGGCAGUAAGAUCUCACAGAAACCUGUUUUUAAUAAAAUGAACGUUCAC